AUGGUUUUGGAUUAGAAAAAUGAGAUAGAUUUACUGCAGGCCUGGACCAUUUGUUUCAUUAAUGAAAAAAUGAUGAUUGACUAGCAGUUGUGAUCUAUGAGGUAAAAAUUUAGAGAAGUUAGUCGGAGUGAAUGAAACCGCAUGUAAAAACAUCAGUAAUGAGAAUGCUUUUGGAGUUAAUCAGAUGAUCAAUAAAUAGCUUUGGAAUUCUACUAAAUUGGCCUUCUUAAAAAUCUUAAGUUUGGAAUGA